AUGGCUAUGGACGACUUGCCAAAGUUCUUCGCAGAAGCGCUUGCUCUCGAGGAGGGCAGAGCGAGUCCACCUCAGGAGCAUAGCGCUCUCAUUGACCUUCCCGUCGAAUUGAACUCCGCCAUCCUCUCUCGUCUGUCCGUCGCGCAAAUUCAGCGCUGCCGUCUAGUUUGCCACCAUCUCAAGGCACUCGUCGACGAAACAACCAACCAUGGCACCCUGCUCGGACCUGGUACCAUCAGACAAACGCAGCGCAUCGAGAGCUGCAUGGACAAACUCCUUCACUUCCCUGUCAAAGGGACUGACGCGUUUUUGAACGCCCUCAUCAGCUUCUGCAAUCAUCGUGGUCUCCACCGCGAGUGUCCAAGUGGUCGACGCUUCACUGAGGUCAUCGCCUUUGUCAGUAGCUGGGAGACUGAGAGUGCGGGCGGCAUCCGCAUUAAGAAGCCUCUCAGUAACGAGGAUAGGGAGAACCGCCUGGGAUACCUCAACUAUGCGCGGGCCAUCAUCGACGUUCACAUCCUCCAUCACGUUCCACAAAUGAUCGAACGCCAAAAUCACGGGAUUCUCGACUUUGGCUCCUUCCUCACGCAACUCUCUCACCGCCCCGGUCCGGGAGUGCAACCCUCUACCGAUUCCGCAUGCUGGGCUCUCUACACUCAACUCGAGUCCACUCCCGGCGGCAGUUUCGUCAACAGCCCAAUCUACAAGACUGAGGUGCAAGGUCUUCCAGACUGGUAUCUGACCCCUCUCGACAGUCAUCCUAUCGCAGACUGCCGCGAAAUCCUGAAGCGCAAACAUCUGCCGUUCACGACUGCAGGCGAGGUGGCGCGAGUCUUCGACCUUUCUAGCUUCGAAGCGGAUGGCUUCGCCUUUUGCGUGAAGACCAAGUGGGCUCACGGGCGGUUGUGGGAAGUUCUCAAGGGGAUGAAGGCGUUGGGGCCGGUGGAGAAGCUUGCGAUUUUGGAAGAUUUGUUCUUCUUCUAA